AUGGAGCGCCACACAGUGGACGAGAGCACGCUAGGCGUUACUUCGAUCUUUCGCACAACACAAGAGCACGCUGUCGUGGACCACGAGGUCGAUGCCGAUGAAGAAAUCUUGGUCGCGCUCGGCUACAAGCAGGAAUUCAAGCGCGACUUCACCAUCUGGUCAUGCUUUGGCGUAUCCUUCUCCAUCCUUGGUAUUCUUCCAAGCAUCGCCAGUACGCUGACCUACAACCUUGCAUAUGUUGGGCAAGCGGGCAGUGUAUGGGGCUGGAUCGUGGCCAGUAUUCUGAUUCAAUUCGUCGCGCUCAGUAUGGCUGAGCUAUGUAGCUCGAUGCCGACUGCUGGUGGACUGUACUAUGCUGCUGCUGUCUUGGCGCCAGAAGGAUGGCUAACGGGUCCCACCUCAGUCGGCUAUGCUCUGGCCUACAUGAUUCUCACAGCGGUCAGCAUCGGAAAUCCGGACUAUACCAUAGAGACGUGGCACAUAUACCUCAUGCUACUGGCUAUCCUGUUUGUGAGCGGGCUGAUCACAAUGCAGGCCACGAAGAUCAUAGGCUGGAUCAACAUAGUUGGAACUUGGGUGAAUCUGAUUGCCCUCAUCAUCUUUGUGAUAUGGAUGCCUGUGGGAUCUAUCAACGAACCGAAGACAAAUUCGAACAAGAUCGUCUGGACGAGCGAAGGCAUUGUCAAUGGAACGGAGUGGCCUACUGGGUUUGGUAUGUCAACGCUAGUUCUGUCCUCCAACAAGAACUGA